AUGGCUGCGGAAAACCAGGAGAUCAUGGAUUUAGUAGACUCAUCUACUCCUCUUCCCCCUUGGUUCACAGAGGAAGAUCUUGCAACAUAUGGAGCUUUGUAUGAGAAAUCUGGAUUCCAAACUGCAUUGCAAGUUCCAUAUAGGUCCUUAGGUGAAGACUUCCACACAACAGAUCCAAUAGUUAAAGUACCAGUGCUUCUGAUUAGGGGUGGCAAGGAUUACUCCUGCAAAUUUCCAGGGAUGGUGGAUUACAUAAAUAGUGGAAUGAAAGAAUUUAUCCCCGAUUUGGAGAUCGAAUUUUUGUUGGAGGGAACCCACUUUGUUCAGGAGCAAUCACCUGAUGAGGUGAAUCAGCUGAUUCUCACCUUCCUUGCCAAGAAUGUCUGA